AUGGAUAAUGUAGACCCAGCCGGUCGCGGCUUCCUAGGCGACCUUGCACCUUCCGUUCUCCCAGUCUACCAAUAUCGGGACCGGGAGCAGUUACUCAACACCAUCAAGCAAACAGUCGCGACAGCAAGCAAGGCCACUACCAAGGGUCCAUUUGCUUCCUGGUCCUCGUAUGACGCCCAGUUAGACCGUGUGCUAUUAAGAAUGAUAAAGUCUAAAGCCCAUGAAGUCGCUUCGGAAAUCUUCCAAGUCCUACUCUACGAUGCAAUCAAGCCUAUUAGGAUGGAUCGCUCCCUUAACCCAACCGGAAGUGCUAUCCACCAUACUAUAAUAGGGGCUAAAGAAGCCGAUAAGGCGUGGCAGCCAUUCCGACUCCCACGUGGCCGAUCAAAGGACUGGCCUAGUGUCGUACUGGAAGUUACCUUCUCAGAGAGUAGGGAUAAGCUACAGUCAGAUAUAAGAUACUGGCUCCGAGCUUCAGGGGGUGAUAAUUGGGGAACCCAGGGCAACAACUCUAUCAACCACCUUCAUCAAACCGUUCAGAUCUCAAGGAAGGGCAGUAAAAUCACAACCACGGGGUCUCCUCUGGUUAUCGAGUUCGAAAAGCUCUUCCUGAGACCCCCCAUCGAACCGAGAGAACGAAAUAUUCAUAUCGACGACGGGGAACUGCAAUUCUUAGCAGAGAAAGUUUGGGACUGGCAGGGGAUGUGA